AUGAAUGCCGCAGAUGACGCGACUAAAUGGGUGACACAGACUGAUCUGUCCAAUGGGAGCAGGUGGUUCAAGGGACCCACAUUUCUCAGCCAACGAGAAGAAGAAUGGCCAGUGAUACCGUCGAAGGGCAAUUCAACUAAUGAAGAAGUCCGUACCAACUUGGUUUGCCAUCUAUCCGCUCCAGUACCAGUGGUGGAUUACAAGAAAUUUUCCUCAUGGAUUCGCCUAACCCGAGUGACUGGCUUCAUAUUGCGCUUCUUGAACAAAUGCAAGAAAGAGCUAAGUUCACCAAUUAAUAGUAAAGCUCUAUGUUCAGAGGAAAUAAGUGCUGCCGAGGAUUGUAUUCUACGCCUAGCCCAACAAGAAACAUUUUCCGAUGAGAUAGCUGCUUUGAACAAACAGAAACCGAUUCCAAAAAGCAGCCCAUUAUUGAAGCUCAAUCCAUGGCUGGACACUCGUGGAAUGCUUCGUAUGCAAGGCCGAACUACCAGCUGUUUCCUCAUCACUGAAGAUGCGAAGAACCCUAUUAUCCUACCUCGCGACCACCACAUUACAACUCUGGUUAUAUCGUUCUACCAUAACAAAUUUCACCACCUUAACCACGAAACUGUUAUCAACGAACUGCGUCAAAAGUAUUGGAUCCCACGUAUCCGAGUUGGCUAUGCCAAAGUACGCCGAAAUUGUCAACGGUGUAAAAACGAAACAGCGACACCUCAACCGCCAAUUAUGGCUGAUCUACCACUUGCAAGGCUUGCAGCCUUCAGUCGUCCGUUUACUCACGUGGGGAUAGAUUACUUCGGCCCUAUAGAGGUGGCUGUCGGCAGAAGAGUAGAAAAGCGAUGGGGAAUGCUGGCAACGUGCAUGACUACGCGCGCUGUGCAUAUUGAGGUAGCACAUUCCUUAAGUACGAGUUCCUGUGUAAUGGCCAUCCGUAACAUGAUCGCCCGUCGUGGUCUGCCCUGCCAUAUAUACUGUGAUCGAGGAACUAAUUUUGUGGGGGCAAGUCGUUGA